UGAGCUGCGUGAAUCACAAGUUCUGUUGAAGUGAAGCUGACACGCCUACGCACUCCAGCGACUGGCGCACUGUGAGCAGACGAGCAGCUGCGACUCGGCUCGGCGGACGGGACUUCAGGUCAUCAUCAGUGUGAGGCGGAAAGGAGUGUGAAGCACAAAGAGGGCAAGGCGUGUUUCUCGGUGUGGAGGUGACUGGAUGCCUAGCGCAUCAUGAAGAUCUUCACCGCUCUGUUGCCGCUAGCGAUCUGCGGAGUUUUCCUAAGCUGCAGAGCGUUGGACACAUGUGAUAGUUGGGAGCCCGACAGAAGUAACAUUAACAACGUCUGCUGCAAAUUGUGUUCUGCAGGUUUUCGCCAUACCGGAGUGUGUGGACCUGAGCCGUCCACUUUGUGUGUUCCCUGUCGGUCUGGCACCUUCAAUAUUGACCCAGAAAGUUCUUCUUGUUCAAGAUGUCGGAGCUGCAAUGGUAAACUUACUUACAAGGAACUUUGUACAACUACAAGAAACUCAGUGUGUACCUGUGUGGAAGGCUUUAAGUGUGUAGAUGAAGAAUGCUCCAGGUGCAUAAAGCAAUGUGGCAAAGGAGAAGAGACCUUCGAGAGCAGUUGCAAGAAAUGUGAUUCUGGAACCUUCAAUGAUCAGGUGGAUGGGAUUUGCAAGCCAUGGAAAAAAAGAUGCAGAAAUGGAGAAAUUAUUAAGCAGAAUGGCACUGCUGAAAGCGAUGUUCUCUGUGAGCCAAUCCAGACUACACCAAGUACUACGACUACACCAGUGACUGCCAUACCUGUCGUGGUUACAAAGAAACCCAACACUCCAGCAGGACUAGAAAUGGCUGCUUUGCUGAUUGCUGCAAGCGUGACCGUGAUAGUUAUAUUAGUUUUGCUGAUGAUGUUUUUUGCGAGACACAUCUACAAGAACAAAGGUGCAGACUUACCAGUGGCCAAGACCCCUGUUGUCCAAGUUGCCCAAGAAGAGGACACCCGAAGCUGUCGGUGCCCUGAAGAGGAGCAGGGAGACAGUGAAGACAGCAGUGAAACGUGCAGCAAACUCCUAUUAGCGUGAAACAACACUCAGACCACUAAGAUGGUGUAGCAUGGUGUAUGAACACACUAGGAUGAAAUGAAGGACUGUGAUUUUAGAUUUUACGACAUUUAAUUCUAUAGGACUCCAGUUCAACAAGACUGAACCUUCUGUCGUCCUAGAGACUCAUGGAUGUGCAUGCAGCACAGAUGGAAUGAGAAGUGACAGUUUCUGAAACUGACAUUUGCCUCAGCACCAAACACAUUUUGCCAUUAUUGGACAAUUUACCAACAUCACUCCAGCUAAUGUCUAUAGAAGGAAAUUGUCCAUCUUUGAAUGACUCGCCCACAUCACGUUUGUCUGGAUGCUUAGAGGGCUCCCAUCAAUCCCAGUCCACAUCUUUUGGAAUACUGAAACUUUCAUGUUAAAAUCUGGGAAAGCUCAUGGAAUGUCCUCUGCAGGGCUCCCAACGGUGACAAUGUGCCAUUACUUCUGGGAAAGUAGUCUUUCUGAAGUGAACCAUUUUUUGUUUUUUAUGUGCUUUGUUAAUUUCCCUGAUCUACUCAAAGGCGUCAACACUCAGGAAACCGACAGAAUCCUACAUUUUAAUAUUUAAUUCAGACUGUGUUUUUAUGUCCAUUUAUCCAUUUUCUAACCCGCUGAAUCCGAACACAGGGUCACCGGGGUCUGCU